GAACGAAACAACGUGGUCCGUGCGAGGUCUAGACAGCCUGCUGAAAUAUUAGUAUAGAUUUAAUAUUUAAACGUUGUUUUGAUCAGUAUUUCCGCAAUGACCGAAGGUAAAUCGGCCGCAGCCAAACCGGCCAAAAACCUUCUUGCGUUGAACCCGAGCGAGGAGGCUGAAUUCAAGAAGAAGGUACAAGAGGUGAAAAAGCGCCCCAAAAAAGGUGAAUCGUUGACCCCUGGAGUAAUUUACGUUGGCCAUCUUCCUAAUGGACUUUUCGAGCCCCAACUCCGAGAAUACUUUCAGCAGUUUGGAAAGGUCCGGAGGUUAAGACUGUCCCGGAGCAAAAAGACUGGUGGAAGCAAAGGCUAUGCAUUUGUGGAAUUUGACUGUGAUGAGGUGGCCAAGAUUGUUGCAGAGACCAUGAAUAACUACCUCAUGGGGGAAAGACUAAUAAAAUGUCAUGUGGUCCCCCCUGAAAAGGUCCACCCUCGGAUUUUUGAGGGGUCUCGGACAGAAUUCCGGAAGCCAUCUUUCCCGGCGGUCAGGCGCUACAACAAGAAACGCACACCAGAAGAGGUGAAGCGUAUGACAGGCAGACUGCUACACAAAGAGGCCAAGCUGCGCAAGAAGCUGGCAGAGAAGGGAAUCGACUAUGACUUCCCAGGAUUUGCUGCCCAAGUGCAAAAAAAGAAAAUUCCAAAAGAUGAAGCUGAUGCGUCGAUCUGCAGUCAAGAUGUUACGCCUGUCUGUACACCGUCUGUGCUGGAGAAGAGGAAGUCGAUGAAAAUUGACGACGACGACGAUGACAAUGAGAUUGUCAUCAAAGCCACCCCUGCACCGAAGAAGCCUAAACGCAAAAAUAAGAAAACAUAAGAGGACAUGAGUGAACUUCAGGACUGAUGUCAAAGGACAGUGCAAACAGUGCUCACUUGCCCUCUAUUGUACCAUAUAAAAUGCCUUUAAAUGAUGUUAAUAGACCUAAAUGAUGUGAGUAGGCAUUGUGUAAUGUGGUUUUAUUCGAGGGGCAGCGAGUGCAGUUAUUUUGAUCAUCAACUGGAGAAAAAAACUGUUGGUGGCCCCCUUUCAUGGUUGGGAAUUGUGAUGCAUGGGUCCCUGCAUCUCCCUAUUAGGAGGACGUGAAAUGACUCUGAAUUCUGUGCAGAGUUAUUUGUGGAUUUA